CAAUUUAUUCUUUUGCUUCUUUUUCUUCCUAUUUUCUAUUUUCCAAAACCCUAACUGAUUCAAUUGGUCAUGUAGCAAUUGGAGUUGAGAUUAGACGAGAAGAGAUGAGAAGGUAACAAUGGUGUUCGUGCUCUUCGCGGUUCGCGUUCUUCGUGGUUCAGCUUUCUUCAUCGUUCAGUCCUACUACUGCAGAGAUGAGAUGAAAGAUGGCGUUCGCAGAUUUGAAUCUGAAUCUCUAGGAAGUUAGCAUUUGUCGUUCGCCACCUCUGAGCUAGUCUCCGAUAUGCUCUCUUUUUCUCUUUUGUGCCUCUCUCCGCCAUUGCUCUGUUUUUGCUUCAAAUCUGCUCUCGCCGCCGCUGCUCUGCUCUCUGCUCCGAUCCCCCAGUCUCCGUCAUUGCCUCUGAACUCUCCCACCUUUGAAAAUCCGUGAGUGUGUUCCGUUAUUAUUCCAGUUCGAAACCCCAAUUUCUUUCUUUUACCAUGGAACUUGGAAGAUUUGAUCCAACUUACUCCUCAGAGUUAUUGAAGCAUAUGGAUAAGCAGAAUGAGAUCCUUAUGGAAGCCUACAGAUCAAUGCUUCAUGAAUCGCAAAAACUUCAGGUCGAAGAAGAAAUGCUUAUGCACAAGCUCUAUGAAGUUAUGUCCGCUCAUGGUCUAAUUAAAAAGGCUGCAAGUGCUGUAGCUUCAGCAACUAUGACACCACUGACUGUGGAAGCUCCACCCAACAAGCUUCUUGUGCUGGUUGCUAAGUGGAGAAAGAUGAUGUUUUCAAAGGGACUUUGUCGUCUCCAUUUUGCGACUUGGGUGCACUGGUGCUGCCGACUCAUCCUGGAGCUACCAUCAUUGAUUUCAGAAUAUUUGAUAGCUGAUGAUUUCUCAGAUGAACUAGCUGAUGGACUGACCUAUGUAGCUGGUCAUGACGAAGAAUCCAGACCUGUUUUGAUCCAACUUACAUGAUUCGAGCCAUUCUAAGAAGAGAUUCGAGUCAUUCUAAGCAAUGCUUCUGAUAAUGUGUACUGGACACUUCUCGCUCAAAGUAUUGUUCAUGGAGCAAUGGCAGAUUACACUGGCCAUACAAGUGGACUUGUCAAUGUAAGACAAACUUAUAUACCCUUCUAUAGAAUCAAUGAGAACCGGAAUCAUGUAGUAGUAACUGAUAGAAUGUGGGCUAGGCUGUUAUCUUCGACGAAUCAACCCAGCUUUUUGGGCAACAAGUGCUACAAUGAAGAUAACAUCGAAGAAGAAGAACCAUUAAACCAGCUGCUACAUGGAGAAUUUUCAGAUGACACCUUGGUUAAGAAAGAAAUUAGCAGCAUUUAACAAUAUGCUUCCUAAAUGUUAUUGUCAUUCCUUCAUACCCCUUCACUAUGCUAUAUGCAUUCAAUGUUUAGUAGUAUAUAUGAGCUUUUUUCUUCUUUUUUUUUUUUGGGCCCUUCCACUCCAUAAAAUGGGUGGGGAAAAAUUAGCCUCACAUUGUUAUUUUUGUAAAACUUGUGGGAUUGAAUUUGGAUUUGUUGAAAUACAAUGUCAUUUU